ACCGGUGGCCUAGAUCUCUCAUGGACCUCGCUGUGAGGUCCAUUGGCACACUGCAAGAAUCAUCGAGAUAUUUUUGGCGAUCUCCGACCUCGACGAUGCAAAUUCUCCUCGAGGCUGAAUGCGAUGGAUGACCGACGAACCUGCCGCCCAUGAGCCGCGAAGACAGAAACUGUUCCUGCCCAGCACCGGGCCCGCUUGCCGGAAUGUGCCGGACAAGAGCAGCACCAGCAGCAGCAGCACGAGAGGGAAGAAGCGUGCCCGCGACGGGUGUCGAGCAGGCCUCCACCGGGCGGCUACAAAAGGCACCAUGGCCGGAGUUACCACGUCGGUGCAUCGAGAGCACUGGGAUUGGGAUGGGGAUGAGACGAGGGCGCCAAUCCAGGUGGCGGCCACGACUUUUUCCAAUAUUCUCACCACAGUCCAACUGCCAAAGCAGAGCAGGUCGUUCUCGGCGGACAGACAGCCUGUGACUGGAUUCUCGACCUCUUCGGAGUCGGUUGGGGUGUCCGGUACAAUGUGCUUGGGAUUUUGA